GUCUUACACAGGUCUUCCUUGCUUAGCUGAUACCAAUGAAUCCAACAAUUCUCGUCGGCGUCAUGUUCUGCGCCCUCUGGGGCAGGGCAGUCUGCACUUUUGUGCCGCAGCGGAUUGGUAGAGGUCCUUCCUCUGUCGAUCACGCCUCCACAGUAGAACAUGCAGCGCCUCUGCGAUUUACUCAAUCAGGGGCAGGUGCCAGUCCCGUAGUGGGACUACUCUCGUUACUAAUGAGUCUCCUCACGCAACUCCUGGGCGUAAAAGCCCCCCAAUCGUCGGAGCUUCAGGAGGCAGGCACUGGCUUCCCGCCCCAGCUCGAACAGUUUAUCAACGAUGCAAUAACCAACGCGGAAAAAAAGGCUGUAGCGCAGAUGAUGCAAGAUAAUAGAAGUCGUGAUCUCGAUCAAGAGUUGCUGCAUAUUGCUGAGGAGCGGCUCAAGAAAUAUUGGUACAUCGGGCAGUGCAGGCGAGACUACACGACAACUUGCCCUGUUGAUUGGACUGAAACAGAAGACGGACUAUGUUUACCUCCUGUGGAAUACGGUGGACCCUGCCGCGCUUCGAACUUCAAAGACAGCUCGGUUUUGCAGAAAGAAGACUUUGCUUGGAAAUGCCAAGCGGCUUGGCCGUGCAGAUCCGCGCCUUCAAGGGACUUCAGCUCAGCAUGUCCGACCAACUGGGCGAACAUCGGAGGACAUCUCUGCAUAGCUCCAGACAAUUACGCAGGUAACUGUAGUCCUGCCGUGGAUUUCGCAAACUUUUCUACCGAGAGAAAGGCAAUUUGGGCGAAGACAUGUGAUGCUGAGUGGCCAGUUAUCAACGUAUCCAAGCGUGCAGCCAGGAGAUCGCUGGCUGCUGUUCCGAAGAAUGUUGGUGUGGAGGGGCCUGUAUCCGAAGAGGGCGUUAUUCAUUCUGUCAUCAAACCAAUUUCUUUGUAGCUGUUAAAUGCGGUAGGAACUUCUGGUGUUUUGUCGUUAAGAUAGAAAUCCAUAAGUAAAUCUGCUUAUCUGACAACGUCGAGGCAGUCACUUACAGACAGACGGGCCAGAUCCUGACAAUGAAAUCUGAAGAAGCUUAUGUUAUUCUAGAAACAAAUGCACGCAUAUACUGUGAUUGACGGAAUGUUUCUGCAGAGUCACAUCGUGUGGCAGAGCUACAUUUUUGUACGAGUUCCAGUUUUCUCCGGACGACCUGGACUACAUACUGCUGAACUCGGGUCGAGAUCGAAACGAGAUCGAAACUAUUCUACCUUUCGGACACUGCAGCUGCUAAGCUGACUCAAUUCGCUCGUAGUGACAUCUAGGCCAGCUCAUCCUGAGAAAAAAUUGAAUCCGUAGACAGGCAUUUCAUUUCAGCCAACUGUCUCCUUGGUACCUUGUUGCGCGCUAUCAUAGAGAUGGGCACUGCUUUCCAGGUUAUGCUGUGUAACAGAUAACU